AUGGCUUCAUCUAAAAUAUUCUUAGUAGCUUCUCUUCUCAUGGCAUUCAUGAUCACUUCAAGCCAUGCCACAAAACAACUUACCAAUAAACAAACGUUAAAACCGAAUAUGUUUAGAAACCAUUUCCCUCAACCCGGUUUUCCCCAGUUUCCAAGACCCGGUUUCCCAACAAAUCCAAUGCCAUUCCCUCAAUUCCCAAAACCCGGUUUUCCAAGCAAUCCAACCCCCGGUUUUCCUCAACUUCCAGGGCAAGGUUUCCCAAACAACCCCAUGCCUUUCCCUCAAUUCCCAAAACCAGGUUUUCCGAGCAAUCCAACACCCGGUUUUCCUCAAUUUCCCGGUUUUGGUUUCCCAAAAUUCCCUCAAUUUCCAAAACCCGGUUCUCCUUCUUUCCCACCAGCAACCAUCUCCACUCAGCCCUCUCUCCCGGUUACUCCCACUGUCAGCCCUUGA